AUGUGCCAUCUCUACACAAAAGCUGGAGAAAAGAUCGAUGUGGAACUUCACAAUGGAUGUCCCUACGUUGCUCAUGAAUUUGGAGCGAAACUGCUGACGGUUUUGGAACAGCAUCAAAUUCAACAAGAGCUGAAAAAGAUGACCUUGAAGUCAAUCUUGACAAGAGGGGCUGCCGGUCUUGGCGACAAAAUGAGCAUUGAAAUGGCGAUGCUUGUCAAGCUCAAGGAGGUCAUGCCGACUUUGCCUGAAGAUUUGGCGUUGAAGCUGGUUCCAGAUCUCUCAAUGCUCACGGACCCCAACAUCGGCUUGAACCUUCCAUGGAAUCGCAGAAAGCGAAAAAGACUCAUGAUGGCAAGGAAUGUGAUCAUCCACAUGUACAGUGGACCUGAUGCUUCUUACUGGGAGCGGCGUUUGUCAAAUGAGCACACUGAGGUGCUGUGCGUGGACUUGGAAGCCUCAACACCUUCAAAUGCUUUGGAUGAAACAACCUUUGCGUUUUUGCUUUCCUUGUGCGCCAGCAAACGUGUCAAAGCUCUACUUGGAGGCCCUCCAUGCAGAACAACAAGUGCUCUCAGGUUUCAAAAGGAUGAUGGUCCACCAAUUCUUCGAACAGAAGAUCACCCAUACGGUUUGCCAUCAUUGACUCCACAACAAGCUGAAUUGGUCACCAAUGACUCAAUUCUGUGGCUCCGUUUGAUGCUGAUGUACAUCCUCUGCGAAGAAGUGCGUCCAAAAGAACAAGCUCAAACUGCAUUUCUUUGUGAACAACCUCAAGACCCAGCGGAAUACCGCAAGAAGGAGGAUGUGGAUGAGCACCAGUACUUUUCAAUGUGGAGAACUCAGGAAUGGAAAAGCUUCCAAGAAGCCUACAACGCCAAGCUGAUCUCCUUUGAUCAAGGGCUGCAGUUGCUGAAGCAAUCAGCAGAUGGAUUCGCCGUGAAGCGCCUCCACGUGAAGGACCUGAAGAUCCUGUUGGCGUUGUUUACGCCGAUGAUGAUGUCCGACUUGCUGAACAACAACCUGGAGAUGGUCAACCACCUCAACAACAUGUUGAACGAGAUCAACAACAAGCGAGCCAUGAAGCUCAACAUGAACAAGGUCUUCCUGCAGGUGUUGCACAAGAUGAACCUGAUCCUCUCCAAGAAGAAUCGGUUCCUGACCUUGUGGAAGAUGAAGACGUGA